AUGUCACCCAACAUGAAUUGGCAGCCCUCGGGCACCCUAGCCCGCCACCGACAACUUGCCCCCUCGGCCUCUGUUCGUGUAUCCCCGCUUUGCCUCGGAGCCAUGAACUUUGGCGAAUCCGGCAAGGAUCGCUACGGCGAGUGCACCAAGGAGACGGCCUUCGCCAUCCUCGACCAAUUUUACGGGCAGGGCGGCAACUUUAUUGACACGGCCAACGCCUACCAGGCCGGAGAGUCCGAGAUGUGGGUGGGCGAGUGGAUGAAGGCGCGGGACAACCGCGACGAGAUUGUGCUGGCGACCAAGUACACCACCGCGUACAUGGCGCACGACAAGACCAAGAUCCAGACCAACUACUGCGGCAACGGCUCCAAGUCCAUGAAGCUGUCCGUCGACGCCUCCCUCCGCAAGCUGCAGACCCACUACAUUGACAUCCUCUACGUGCACUGGUGGGACUACUCCGUCAGCAUCCCCGAGCUCAUGCACAGCCUCAACGACCUCGUCGUCGCCGGCAAGGUGUUGUAUCUGGGCAUCUCCGACGCCCCCGCCUGGGUGGUGGCCAAGGCGAACCAGUACGCGCGGUCCUCGAACCUGCGCCAGUUCGUCGUCUACCAGGGCCUGUGGAACGCCGCGCUGCGCGACUUCGAGAGGGAUAUCAUCCCCAUGUGCCGCGACGAGGGCAUGGGUCUGUGCCCCUACGGCACACUAGGCCAGGGUCGCUUCCAGACGGCGACUGUGCGCGCCGAGCGCGCCAAGAAUAACCCCGGCCGCAAGUUUGGCGCUGCCUUGCCGCGCGAGGAGCAGGUUUCGGCCGUGCUGGAAAAGGUUGGUGCCGACAAGGGCGUGCACAUGCUCAACGUCGCGCUGUCCUAUGUGAGGGGCAAGACGCCGUACGUAUUCCCCAUCGUGGGCGGCCGCAAGGUCGAGCAUAUCAAGGGAAAUAUCGAGGGGCUUGACGUGCGGUUGACAGAGGAGGAGGUGCGCGAGAUUGAGGCGAGCUACGAGUUUGACCCCGGGUUCCCGCACACGUUCCUGAGUGGUACCAUGUUUGGCAAGGAAGAGCCUCGUGGGGCGUACGCUCCCGAGGAUGUUUGGUUGACGAAGUGGGCGGGGAGUUGGAAUGGGUAG